CCCAACAAACAAUUAAUCGCUGCAUAAAAGAACACGCUCCCCCAUUCCCCUCCACACACACAUUAAUCGUGCCCACCCACACACACUCCCCUGUUCCCCUCCCCAGACUCGGCAGAUCCGCCGCCACCGCCCUGACCAGUGCCCCUCCGCAUCGCGGCGCGUCCAGUGUCAGAUUGCCAGGUGCUCGACCCAUUCACCCGGAGGUGGCUUCUGCUGCCGCCGGUGCCCGGCGGCGCUACGCCCGGCUCGUUCGCGAUGGUCGGGCUCCCACGGCGUGGCGAGAUCUACGUGAUUCGGGUUGUGGAGGAGGGCGGAGACAAGGCCGUGCGGAGCGUGGCGGUGCACAGAGCCACGGGGGACGGGUGGGAAGCGGCGGUGUCGAUGCGGAUGCGCGCGGGCCCGGGAAAGUGGGCAGGCGCGUGGUGGUGGCCAGGGAGGACUGUGAGGCGGAGGUGUUCGACCCGGAUGUUGGGCGGUGGCUCCUGGUUGGAAGUUGUACAUCACCGAAGGGGCGGCUGACUCGUGGCGCAAGAUGGCGCGGGGUGCACACGAGGGUGUGGACGGACUCGUGCGCCAUCGCCGGCGGACAGAUGUACAUCGUGGCGGAGUACGGGGAGUGGUGCCUGAAGGCGAAUGGCGGAUGGUGGCCGGCGGCGGGGUGCCACCGCACUCCGCCUCACGCUCGACGCUGGGGGCGGCGCUCCCUUGACGAUGAAGUGCUGCCCCACCUCCUCACGCGCUCCCCUGCCGUCUCCAAGCUCGCUCUCAAGUACUCCAAAUCCACAACCACUGCGCCGGCAAGUGGCGUGGCGGUAGCAGUUGUUUUGCCACUGCACCAACAGCAGCAGCGUUUGUCAUCAGAAUGGGUAGGUUACCAGAUUAUUGAACAUGAAUGUAUAUUUGAAGGCACUUUGAGUAAUUAGAAGCAAAUAUAUUUAGCAGUUGGGGAGUAUAUUUGAAUACAUUGCAGUAUUGAUUUAGAUAGUUCUGCAAUGAAAAAUUGUAGGCACAUAAAUAGACAACUUCGCAGCUGAAUUGCUUGGGUGACGCCCGAUUACUACUUCUAUGUUGAUUCUGAAUUGCUUGGGUGAAAAAAAAUAUCAAAUUUGCUAGAUAGUGAAUUGAUUGAUGUUUAUAAUGUGUC